AUGGUACAACUUAGUUUGAUUAGCCUGAUCAUGUACGAUUGCUGUUCAGGACUUAACUGUUUUAGAAGAGGCUAUGCAUGGCUAUAUGAAGGACAUACAAACGUGACAAAGGACAAUGUGCCUUGCCAAAGAUGGAAUGCAUGUUACCCACAUAGGAACAGUUACAUAGACCCAGACAAAUACCCAGACGCAUCACUGGAUGAAGCUGGUAACUUCUGCCGAAGCCCUUCAAAGUCGGCCACACCAUGGUGCUAUACCACUGGAAGUACAAGAUGGCAAUAUUGCAACAUUGAUCCAUUAUCAAACACGCAGGGUGGUUACGAGUGCCAGAAUUGGGACUCACAGUACCCCCAUACGCACAAAUACGGGAACAUGCCCAUGAAGUUUCCAGAGAACGACGUAAGUAAGGCAAAGAACUACUGCCGCAGCCCAAGCUGGGACAAAAAGCCAUGGUGUUACACUACAGAUCCAAAGAAGAGAUGGGAUUGGUGCUGUAUUAAUAGUUGUUCGGAUUUAUAA